AUGGAGUCUUUGAAGAACAGAACAUUGCUUAAGGUCAUUGUCCUCGGAGAUAGCGGUGUAGGCAAAACCUCAUUGAUGAACCAAUACGUGUACAAGAAAUUUAACCGGCAGUAUAAGGCCACGAUCGGAGCAGAUUUCGUCACCAAGGAGCUUCAUAUUGAAGAAAAACCUGUCACUUUACAAAUAUGGGAUACCGCAGGACAAGAGAGAUUUCACAGUCUAGGAUCCGCGUUCUAUAGAGGUGCUGAUUGUUGUGUUCUUGUCUACGAUGUGAACAAUACCAAAUCUUUCGAAACUCUCAAUACUUGGCACUCGGAGUUCCUCAAACAGGCCAAUCCUAUGGAUCCUGAGACAUUUCCCUUUGUUUUGAUUGGGAACAAAACCGAUGUAGAUGGUGGAAACAGCCGAGCUGUUGCGGAUAAGAAGGCCAUCGAAUGGUGUAACUCAAAGGGAAACAUACCAUACCAUGAAACCUCUGCAAAGGAGGAUAUCAAUGUGGAUGAAGCUUUUUUGGGUGUUGCACACACAGCUCUCUCCAAUGAACGUAAACAAGACAACACAUAUUUCAGAGACAUGUCUGUAUCUGUUACAGACAUUCUUGGGGAGCAACCAAGAGGUUGUGCUUGCUGA